CAAGGGGGCGCCAGCCUGCAAAAGUUUGGGAACCAUUGCUCUAUAGUAUAGAGUCUAUACUAAGAAUGAGCAUUGCAGAUGCUGCCUGAAAUAACCUGCGGACGGACCCGACUCUCCAUCCAAUGUAUUCUUCCCUUGUUUGAAGCCUAUAUAGAUAGCCCUGCAUAACGUUCCAAAGGACAAGCAGACGAUAUGCGUGAAUGUAUCUCUCUGCACAUUGGGCAAGCUGGAGUCCAUAUUGGCAAUGCAUGCUGGGAGCUUUACUGUCUGGAACACGGCAUCCAGCCAGAUGGGCGGAUACCGUCUGACAAGGCUAUUGGAGAUGAUGACUCAUUCAAGAAUUUCUUCAGUGAGUUUGGAACUGGGAAGUAUUAUCCCAGGGCCAUCUUUGUUGAUCUGGAGCCCACUGUCAUCGAUGAGGUUCGUACAGGUCGCUAUCGGCAAUUGUUCUAUCCAGAACAGAUGAUCACAGGGAACGAAGAUGCUGCCAAUAACUAUGCCCGUGGGCACUACAGUAUUGGCAGAAAAAUUAUUGAUCAGGUGCUGGACAGGACUCGCAAGCUGGCUGAUCAAUGCUCGGGCUUGCAAGGAUUCCUCAUCUUUCACUCCUUUGGUGGCGGUACCGGUUCUGGUUUCACCUCUUUGCUCAUGGAGAGACUGUCUGUUGAUUAUGGAAAGAAAUUAAAACUUGAAUUUGCAAUCUACCCAGCUCCUCAGGUGUCCACAGCAGUUGUAGAGCCCUAUAAUUCCAUUUUGACUACUCACAGCACCCUUGAGCACUUUGAUUGUGCCUUCAUGGUGGACAAUGAAGCCAUCUUUGACAUUUGCCGCAGAAACCUCGAUAUAGAAAGGCCGUCCUACACUAACUUGAACAGACUGAUUGGCCAGAUUGUGUCUUCAAUUACAGCAUCUCUUCGCUUUGACGGCGCCCUUAAUGUUAACCUGACGCAAUUCCAGACUAACUUGGUGCCCUACCCCCGUAUGCACUUCCCACUGGCUACAUAUGCCCCGUUCAUCUCUGCUGAGAAAGCCUACCAUGAGCGUCUAUCUGUGGCCGACAUCACCAAUGCCUGCUUUGAGCCAGACAACCAGUUGGUCAAGUGCGAUCCUCGUCAUGGUAAAUACAUGGCCUGCUGUUUGCUGUUGUUUGUUGGUGAUGUGGCACCUAAAGAUGUCAACUCUGCUAUUGCUGCCAUCAAGACCAAACGCACCGUCCAAUUUGUGGACUGGUGUCCUACAGGCUUCAAAGUGGGCAUCAACUACCGGCCUCCGAUGGUGUUUCCCGGAGGAGAUCUAGCCAAGGUGCAAAGGGCUGUGUGCAUGCUGAGCAACACAACGGCAUUUGCUGAGGCUUGGGCCCGUCUUGAUCACAAGUUUGAUCUGAUGUACGCCAAGAGAGCCUUUGUGCACUGGUAUGUGGGAGAGGGAAUGGAGGAAGGAGAGUUCUCAGAGGCCAGAGAGGAUAUGGCAGCCCUGGAGAAGGAUUAUGAAGAAGUUUGUUCUGACAGCAUUGGGGAUGAGGAUGAAGAUGGAGAAUACUGAAGUGUAUGAUCGCUUUCGUGGAGUUAUUACAUAUUCUGCCUGUGGUAGUGAUUGCUCAUUCUUAAUAAACACAUCCAAACAUG